AAAGAAAUGGAAAUGGUGGGCUGUUGAGCGUUCAGACCUCGGGUGCGAAAUCGAGGGCCUGUUGUUUCUUCUCUCUCGGAUUGCUUCGGUUGUUGUUCGCUCGAUCUGUAAGUUAUUCGAUUUUCUGUAUCGGUGUUAUGGUUUUGCCCUCUGUGAUGUGUUGAAUUCGAGCUUCAGUUUGCAGAUUUAGGAGCUUUUGUUUUUUUUGUACCUUUGCGGUUGUGUGAUUUUGUAAUUUUGGAAUUGGAGGGAUUGACAAAACCCUAGAUCUUGCGUUUUUUGUUCCGGAUCUUGGGGUUUUUGGCGCUUCGUAUUCGAAAUUUGUGGUUUUGGGGCUGAGGACGGACGGGUUCGUUUAGGUUUUGUGGCGUACUGAGUGAGAUCAGGGAGGACUAAGGUUCGUUCGAUGGCUUCGAAUCCUCCAUUUCAGGUGGAGGAUCAGACGGAUGAGGAUUUCUUUGACAAAUUAGUUGACGACGACGACGAGUUUAAGGCUACUGCGUCGUCCGCAGUUAGUUUUGCCGAUGGGAAUGAUUCAGAUGAAGCGAAAGCGUUUGCAAAUUUGAGUGCAGGUGAGGUUGCUGCCGGGUCUGAAGAUUCCGGCGAUGAAGGGCGGAGUAAAGCUAAUAAGGGCGAGGAUACUCGUGGAAAUGUUAAUGCUGUCUCGGUAGAUGGGCAUGUUGAGGAGAGUACUUCAGUGGCGUCUUGCAAUUCAUUCGCAAUGGAUGGGCAUAUUGAAGAGGCUACUUCACUAGUGUCAUCCAGUUCUUUUGGGUUUGAUAAUGUGAUUGACUCCAAUGACAGGGCAAUUGUGACGGAGGGCACUUCAGACUCAACGAUUAGCAAAAGGAAUGGAUCUGUAGAUUCAGGUGUUAAGGAGGUGCAAUGGACUGCAUUUAACACAGAUUCAGGUCAGAAUGAUGGUAGCGGGUUUGGAUCGUAUUCUGAUUUUUUCACUGAAAUAGGAGAUGGUGCUAUUAAUCCAACUGUGAAGGUGAAUGAUAAUUAUAGCAUGGAAUCAAAGAUUGGAUCUGGCGGCGCAGAACUUAAAACUGCUUAUGGUGACAACAGUUAUGAUUAUGUGCGUUAUCAAGAGAGUCAACCUUAUGGUGCCGUCGCUACAGGACAAAAUGAUACUCAGGAUCUAAACGAUAUUCAACAGUUGGAGAAUCUUUAUCCAGGAUGGAAGUAUGAUACCGUUACUGGGCAAUGGUAUCAAGCGGACAGUUAUUACACCACAGGGAAUGUGCAGGGCAGCUUUGACUCCAAUUCUGCCGGUGAUUCAGCGGUUUCUGACAGGACCUCACAGGUUUCUUACUCGCAGCAUACUGCUCAGUCAUUUAUGGGUACUGUGUCUGAGUCUGGUGCCAGUGGAUGUGUGACUAAUUGGAAUCAGUCCUCACAUGAGAAUGGCGUGACCGACAGCUGUAGUAAUUGGAAUCAGGUACCACAACAGAGCGGUGUCGCUGAAGGUGUUUUUAAUUUGAAUCAGGUUUCGCAACAGAAUGAGUACCCAGCACACAUGAUUUUUGAUCCACAAUACCCGGGUUGGUAUUAUGAUACAAUUAAGCAAGAAUGGCAAUCAUUGGAGACCUACACCUCUUCUGUUCAUUCAGCAGUUCAAGAUCAUAAUCAACUAAGUCAAAAUGGAUUUGCAGCAAGUGGUACUUUUUCCCAGAAUGAUGAUUCAAAAAAAUUUAGUGACUAUGGGCAAGUGGAGAAUUACAGGUCUCAGGGUUUUGGUGCCCAAAACCAGGAUUACAACUGGAUUGGCUCUUUCAGUAAUCACAAUCAGCAGCACUUGAAUAUGUUGCAAUCUGGGAGUGUGUCCAAGAGUGAGGCUGCUGCAGAUGUUAGUGGAAACCAGCCAUUGGAGAAUGAUCACGGUUCAUAUAUUUCUGCAAGCACCCAUGUCAAUCAACAUAAAUCUUAUCAUUCCAUGGGAAUGGCUCCAGCUUAUGACACAGCAACUGUGUCUCAAAAUGAAUUUUCAUCUGGUUCUCAUGGAUUUGUUCAUAGUGGGAACUUCAGCCAGCAGGUUGAUCAGUCAAUUAUGCACCAGAAUGAGCCAAUGUAUGUCUCCAAGAAUUACCUUGGCAAUCAAAAUUCCGUAAAUUUUCCACAGCAGUUCCCAAGCAGCCAACAACUUGUUCCCACUGCAGGAAGGUCAUCUGCAGGCCGCCCUCCACAUGCUUUGGUUACAUUUGGAUUUGGUGGAAAACUCGUUGUGGCAAAAGAUAAUAGUUCUCUAAGUGUCUCAUCCUAUGGUAGCCAGGGUCAUGUAGGAGGCUCAAUCUCUGUUCUCAAUUUGAUGGAAGUUGUCACUCAGAAAUUUGAAGCAUCAAGCACAGGUGUGGGCAGUUGUGAUUAUUUUGACACACUUUGCAGGCAAUCUUUUCCUGGUCCCUUGGUUGGAGGGAAUGUUGGGAGUAGAGAGGUGAACAAGUGGAUUGAUGAGAGGAUUGCAAGUUGUGAAUCUUCUGAGGUAGAUUAUCGGAAAGUCGAAGUUCUAAGGUUGCUUCUCUCGUUGCUUAAGAUAGCUUGUCAGUAUUAUGGGAAACUUAGAUCUCCCUUUGGCACUGACGCUGCUUUGAAGGAAAGUGGUGUUCCAGAGUCAGCGGUUGCUAAGCUUUUUGCGUCUGUAAAAAGGAAUAGCGGGCAGUUCAGUAACUAUGGUGCUCUUGCCCCCUGCCUGCAGCAGUUGCCAUCUGAAGGACAAAUGCAGGCAACUGCUGCUGAGGUACAAGCUCUCUUGGUUUCUGGUAGAAAGAAAGAGGCUUUACAUAGUGCAAGUGAGGGCCAGCUGUGGGGACCUGCACUUGUUCUUGCUGCUCAACUUGGUGACCAGUUUUACGCUGAUACUGUAAAGAAAAUGGCACUUCACCAGCUAGUAGCAGGCUCACCUUUACGGACUUUAUGCCUGCUAAUCGCAGGUCAACCAGCAGAGGUGUUUUCUGCUGACACAUCUAAUAGCAGCAUUCCUGGUGCCAUGAAUACGUCUCCCCAGCUUGCACAGUAUGGCGCAAACUUUAUGCUAGAUGAUUGGGAAGAGAAUUUGGCAGUAAUAACUGCUAACAGAACAAAAGAUGACGAACUUGUGCUUACUCAUCUUGGAGAUUGCUUGUGGAAAGAUAGAAGUGAAAUAUUUGCUGCACACAUUUGCUACUUAGUUGCAGAGGCAAACUUUGAGCCUUAUUCGGACAGUGCAAGAUUGUGUCUUGUUGGUGCAGAUCACUGGAAAUUCCCCCGAACAUAUGCUAGUCCAGAUGCUAUUCAGAGGACAGAAUUAUUUGAAUAUUCUAAGGUGCUUGGGAACCCUCAGUUUACCCUGCUUCCAUUUCAGCCAUAUAAGCUUAUAUAUGCACACAUGCUUGCAGAAGUGGGAAAAGUGACAGAAUCACUUAAGUACUGUCAAGCAGUAUAUAAAUCUCUAAAAACUGGCCGUGCACCUGAAGUGGAUACAUGGAGACAAUUAGUGUCAUCACUUGAGGAAAGAAUACGAACUCACCAACAGGGUGGAUACUCCACAAACUUGGCUGCAGGAAAACUAGUGGGUAAAUUGCUCAACCUUUUUGACAGUACAGCUCAUCGUGUUGUUGGCGGUCUACCUCCACCUGUACCAUCAGCAUCACAUAGCAAUAUACAGCCUAAUGUACAUCAUUAUGAAACCAUGGUGCCUAGAGUAUCAACUAGCCAAUCAACCAUGGCAAUGUCAUCACUAAUGCCUUCAGCAUCAGUGGAACCCAUAAAUGAAUUGACAGGUGAUGGCAGUAGAAUGACAAUUCAUACUAGAAGCAUUUCAGAGCCAGAUUUUGGAAGAACUCCACGACAGGUAGAUUCAUCAAAAGAAACAACCUCAUCCAGUACAAGUGGCAAAGCAUCAGCCUCAGGGCCCCCAUCACGGUUUGGUCGAUUCAGUUUUGGUUCACAGCUCUUGCAGAAGACUGUUGGGUUAGUCUUAAAGCCCCGUCAGGAUCGUCAGGCAAAGUUGGGUGAAAAGAAUAAAUUUUAUUAUGAUGAAAAUCUCAAGAGAUGGGUAGAGGAAGGGGCUGAACCUCCUGCUGAAGAAACUGCAUUGCCACCUCCACCUACAUCUGCAGCACUCCAAAAUGGAAUGUCAGAUUACAACUUGAAAAGUGCAUUGAAAAGUGAAAAUUCGCCCAGUAAUGGAAGCCCAGAAUUUACAAGCCCUACAAUGGAAAGAAGUUCAGGAAUUCCUCCCAUUCCAACUGUGCAAAAUCAAUUUUCAGCCCGUGGAAGGACAGGUGUCCGGUCAAGGUAUGUUGACACAUUCAACAAAGGUGGUGGCAAUCCAACGAAUUUGUUCCAGUCCCCUCCAGUUCCUUCCGUUAAACCUGCUAGUGGUGCCAAUCCAAAAUUUUUUGUUCCAACGCCAGUAACCACAAGUGAACAAAAUUUUGAUCCUAUGGCAGCUAGUGUGAAGGAACCUGCUGCAAUUAAUCAAAAUCUCUCUUCUCUGAAUAACUGGACCGAUUCUCCUGCACCUUUGUCAUCAACACCUGCCAUGCUUAGGUUUCCGAGCGUGGACAACAUCUCAAACAAUGAGACAAUGGUCAAAGGCAGUGGCUCCCUUUCAGCUCAUUCUCGACGAACAGCCUCAUGGAGCGGCAGCUUUAUUCCUGAGCAUAAGGCUCCACAGAAGACCAACCUAAGACCCCUUGGUGAAGUACUUGGAAUGUCCCCAUCGUCAUCUAUGCCCAGUGAAACUUCUUCUCUGCCCCUACCAUCCAGGGGUGGCAGUUUUGGGGAUGACCUUCAUGAAGUAGAACUUUGAGGGCAUAGGAAUAUACACAAGAAAUCUGUUGCUUGCGAUCACUAAUACAGUGCUCGGCCAAAUCUGCAGUGUGAUCUCCCGAUGCGAGAAGAUGGUCGUAGUUGCAGAGUAGAAGGGACAGAGAUGUUUUUAAUUUUUUUUCUUUUCUUUUCUUCCCCGCCCCCGUUUUUGCCGUCAGGUUAUAAAUGUGCGCUUAUUCAAUGAUGUUUUACUACUGUACUUAGGAGUAGGUUUUUGUUUAUUCAACAGGGAGUUGACACCGUUUACUGCUUGCUGUAAGGAGCUGGUGUUUAAAGUAUAAAGCAGCAAAAGCGUGCAGUGCAGAUGCCCUAUCGUGUACAGUUCAUUUUUUCAUUUAUUGAGCAAAGAAAUGCCCCUUCAAGACAUCAUAUAUCAAGACAUCAUACACACAUACACAGGACUUUUGACUCUUUACUGUUUACUGCCUUUGGGAGAAAUGAUGAUAUUUUAGCUUCCAUUCUUUUC